CUCUUGUUUCUCUUAAUUUUUUGUGUUUUGGUUUGUGGGUUUUGGGCUUUUUUCCUUUUUGUGCUGUUUUUAGUAUAAUAUCUUGAGAGAUCCAUUAAUGGAUUUGGGUUCGUGUUCUAGAUUUCCGCUUGAUUCAAGCACAGAUUUUGAAAAGGAGCAGCAGCAACAGCAAGAAAUGGAAUCCAGCUCCCUUUUUGUUGAGAAAGAGCACAUGUUCGACAAAGUUGUGACUCCAAGCGAUGUGGGAAAAUUAAACCGGUUGGUCAUCCCAAAGCAACACGCUGAAAAGUACUUCCCGCUUGAUUCUUCAUCCAACGACAAGGGUCUUCUCUUGAACUUCGAAGACCGCUGUGGAAAAUCGUGGCGGUUCCGUUACUCUUACUGGACCAGCAGCCAGAGCUACGUCAUGACUAAAGGCUGGAGCCGCUUUGUUAAAGAGAAGCGCCUCGAUGCUGGUGAUAUCGUCUCCUUUCAACGAGGCCUUGGUCAUCUUGGUAAAGAUCGGUUUUUUAUUGAUUGGCGCCGCCGCCCACCUCAUGCCCCGCUUGACACACCUAUUACUUUUCACCACAACCACCACCUCCACGGCGGUGGAGCCGCCGGCGUUGCCCAAAUUCCUCACCAUUUUCACCUUCACCAGUGGACUCCAGUUGCCACACCCUUAUCUUUACCCAGGGACCACCUCCUCCACUUGCCGCAGAAUAAUAGUAAUCAUAAUAAUCUUACCCUAUUUCAUAAUGAUAAUUUUAAUCUCUAUAAUCAUCAUUAUCAUCAUCAUUAUCUUAACCCUCCUCCCAUCCAAGACGGCGGUGGUUCGCCAUCGGUUUUGUACCAUUUAAGAUCUGCGCCGCCACCGCCACCCGUGGCGGUGGGCGGUGGUGGCCGUGGAAUUGGGAAAGGUGCUGCUUCUUCUAAGACAUUGAGACUUUUUGGUGUCAACAUGGAAUGUGCAGUGUCUGAAGAUCAAUCUGAUGAUGAAUGUGACAUAACAACCUCGACUACGACAAUGUCGCCUCAAUUCCGCGUUUACGAUGGAAUGCCGAUGUCGAUACCGAUACGGAUGCCGAACAGUAACAACAAGCUGACGACCGACUUUUUCAAUAAAGGGAAGUCGUCAAAUUGAAUCCACACCUCCAAAAAGCUUCAUGAACAAACGAGGAAGAUAAUCAAAUUGGCUCUCUUGGAUUAAACCUCAGCGACAAGAAUCCGUAGAACACGUAGUGUAAACUGAAAUGUAGCGAUGGCUGUCUCUACUUGGUUGGACAAAUGGCAAAGCCCAUGCAGGUUUUGGCAGAGAAAAGUUUGAAAGAGAUGGCUUUUAACAGUUUUGGAUAUGGCAGUGGAAGCAAAUGCUUUCUUUUUCUGGUGAUUAAAUGCUUCAUUUCUGUUGACAAUCACAGUCUCACAAACAAGUUUGGUUUUGUUUAUAGGUUUUGACAUCUUUGUUCCAAGGUGUGUUUUUUGUUCUGACAAUGUUCUAAACUUGUGUCUCUUUGUGUAAAACAUUAUUGUAACAUGCUUUUAAUUUGUAAUAUUUUAGGGAAAAGUUUAAGAGGGAAAAAGAAUUGAAGUGUUUUUUCUUUCUUUUAA